CUUAGCCGCUGCCACUGUUAUAAAGACCUGCUUUUGAGACGUUGAAUUGAACAAGCGCGCAUCAGAGCGCCAACGACAUCUCGAGGUAUUUUUUCAUACAUUUUCAACAGGUGCAAAUCCUCAAAGCUAAAGUGAGAUUAAUAAUUUAUCAAUUGGCCAUUUGGAUUGUAAGGUAUUUUCUCAGCAUUAUAUCAGAUCAAGGCUGUUGUCUGGUGGUAUAGGGGGGAGCUUUAGCCAUCGGAGCGGAGGGAGGACCAUGCUGUCUCUAAGCUGUGCAGACCCCUGGCCCGAGGGCUCGGUGGGGCUGGAGGAGGAAGUGGUGACUGCCGCUGCUCAUUCUGAGGAGCUGGACCUGGACGACAGCUCAGCCUCAGCAGGCUCCAGCAGCACUGGGGGCUCUGACAACCUGGAUGACAGCCUGACCAGCCUGCAGUGGCUGCAGGAGUUCUCUAUUCUCAAUGCCAAUGGGCCUCAACAGGCUCCUCUCUCCACUCACCACCAGCCUCACUUCUUCGGCCAUCAGCAGCUGGGCUCCGAGGCUCCCGCUUCCCCUCUGGCUGGUGACCCUGCAUCCAUAGGGAUGCCCCUCACCCCAGGCAAGCCCACAGCAGCAGCCUAUUGUAGGAUGCAGUCCCUGUCAGCCCUCCCUAGCCUGGUGUCCCAUGGUCACUGCCCUGAUGAGGUGGACUACAAGACAAACCCUCAUAUCAAACCACCUUAUUCCUACGCCACACUCAUCUGUAUGGCCAUGCAGGCCAGCAAGAAGACCAAGAUCACCCUCUCCUGCAUCUACAAGUGGAUCACUGACAACUUCUGCUACUUCCGCCAUGCUGACCCCACCUGGCAGAACUCCAUCCGGCACAACCUGUCUCUGAACAAGUGUUUCAUCAAGGUUCCGCGGCAGAAGGAUGAGCCAGGGAAGGGGGGCUUCUGGGAGAUCGAUCCCCAGUACGCAGAGCGGCUCCUCAACGGGGCCUACAAGAAGAGGGGGAUGCCCCCUGUCCAGAUCAACCCUGCCCUGCAGAACAGGCUUAGGGCCAACCCCCAACCCCUGCCCAGGGGCCUCUGUAACCCCACAGGCAGCCAGAGUGGGCUGUGUGUCAAUCCAGAGGCUCAGCAGCUCCUCAGAGAGUUUGAAGAGGCCACUGGAGCCGACCAGAACUGGGACCCCUGUCUGGCUGAAGGCACCAUGCUGGGGGCAUGGCCCAUGAGAAAGGGAGGCCCUGGACACAAGAGGAAACACACACUGGGCUCCAGGACUGCCAUGGUCAAAGUCCCCUGGCGCUCCAGCUCUCCUUUGCUGUCUGUGGAGGAGUAUAGGGAACUGGGCUCCCUGAAGGGGAAUUUUGACUGGGACGCCCUCCUGGAUUCUGCGCUGAGCGGGGAGCUGAGUCUGGACGGAGGGGGUCCACUGAGCCCCAUCCCCCAGGAGGAGGACCUGAUGGUGCGGGGGACCCACAUCUGCCCCCUGGAGGCCCCCGCGGGGACAGCAGGCAGCAGCCACGUGCUGGCGGAGACCCAGAGGAGCAGCGGAGCAGACUUUGAGGAGACGUUCCUGGCCACAGCAUUCCUGCAGAGCCCCUGGCCAGAGGAAGAGGAGCAGGGAUCUACCAACUUCCUGUGCAGCUCCACAGUCAACCUGGAGCAGCUCUUUGACCUGGGAGACUCCCUUGGAGGGGACCUCAGCAGUAAGAUAGAGUAUCUUCUCUAAAGACAUGUUCUCCAAUUCUUUGGCCUUCAAGACUCGUUGACUAUAUUGUGAUGAUGACACUACUAGAUUAUAGUUUAAAAAGAGAGGUACCACAUGAACUAAAUGGACCUUUUACACAUACACGUUUUUAAGAUUUCUAGAUUAUGUUUUUUGAAAUUGGUACAAUAAUGGAUGACAUCAUUAAUACCUACAGAGCAAAAAUGCCACAAUGAACUGCAGUAUUCUAAAUGAUUACUGGACAAAAACUAUAUCAAACCUACUGUUGGGACCAUGACAUUGGAUAAUAGACAUUAUCAAUAAGACUUCGCUCACAAAGAGAAACAAAAUAUUCCUGUCUGAGGACAGGAAAACCACCAAUAUGUCUUUGUUUACAUUCUGAAUAUAUAUGUGGUAUUGAAUGGAUUGCAGGUUGACAUGGAUAGAGGAAUUGUCAUCCAGGCACAAGGCGAGCAACAGAACAUUGGAAUCGACAUUUUAGAAAUGUACAUUUAUUUUGCAUUAGAUGAAAUUACAAAGUAAGACUUUACAGUGACUGUACUCUUUGAAAGUUAUGGACAGUUUCGAGAUGCAAGGCCAAUAGCUAAUGAUGAGUUGAGGUGUUGUACCUGACAGUGAUGCAACGUUUUAGCUGCUUAAGAAUAGUUGGUUUAGCAUGCUGAAUAUUUCAUAAAGGUUUAGAUGAAUCCACCUCACAGGGACUACUAUUAUUUGUUGUGAAGAUCUCUGGAAUGUAUGUAUCAGACUUCAGGAAUUUCGGUCCUGUACUGAAUUUUCUACUGAAAUGCUGAAUGAUCUGACUUUUAACGCUCUGUGGAUGCAUUUGGAUGAAAUUCUGAAAAUAGUGUCUAUUUAAUAUCAAUAUACAAUAUCUGUAACUGAAGUGAAAGGAAUACUAUGAUGAUCAAUGAAGAGAUAUUUGCCAAAUUACGACUAAUUAGAAGAGUUUUUAGACUUAAAAUAGUUUUAUGUGUGGGGUUUUCUAUAAUGACUACUUUCUGAAUGAAUUAUUUGAAUAAUGAGCUUUUCACUUUAAAUGUAUGCAGAACAAUUUAAAACAGGUUGUUUUUAGCAAGCUUAGGAUUGUCAUAUUAUCAGCAGAGUGUAAAUGUAUAUUUAAUAAUCAUUAAUUCAACACAUUUCAGUGAGUUAACCAGUUACAGAGAGCAGUAGAGGACAGAUCUGGAUGUCGUAAAGACAAGUUCAUUCCAAUGCAGAAUAGCUCAAGGCAAGCUUCUCCUUUGCAAAGGUUUCAGUGGCUUGUCAAUGAAUACCCGACCUUCACGUUAGAUGUGCAAAGAACAACACUUGGGACCAGAAGACCAGCAGUGUUAGAGGCUGUGUUUUCACCAAGGAAAGCUGAUGGAGACCUAUUGGUCAACAGAAGGACACAAUGCAAAAAAGAUGACAUAAACAAGCAGGAAUUACAUGAACAAAUGUUGAGUUAUGAGAUACUCUCUUGUUUUGUUUCAAGUCGACCUUUACCAGGAGAUUGCUGUCUUUCCUCUGGUCUUACUAAACCAAAUCACACGGUUUCAAGACAUGAGUGAGUCUUAAAGGUCGACUUAUGGCACAAAAAACAGUACAUUUUCAAACAGAAAUGGGGUGUACCUUUGGUGGUUCGUCGAAGUGUCAUUCUUGUCAUGCAUGCCGCAACCGAUGUAGACAGUUUGUUAGCUAAGAUACCCACUUUAACUAGCCAGUAACUCCUCCAGUGUGUUGACGUCAUUUCACAGGAUUUGUGUUUGGAAAGAAGCUGUAGAGGUCGAUAAGAAAUGGCCCUUCUGUAACCAAAUAUCUUAUUCAUAAAUUGUGGUUGUGUUUUUACCCAAAGUCGACCUUUAACAUGUAUAUUAAAAUGUGCUAAUAGUCAUUAUCUUGCAGAAUAACUACUCCUGGUUUAUUAGUGUUGUAAAUCCACCAUGAAGUGUGAAAGUGCAAUCAAUGUACAGUAAGUGAUACUUGGUCUAUUUUACAUUACAUUGAAGGGUAGUAAUGCAGUGGACUUCGUCAGACCCAGUUCAUGGUUUAUUGUGGUACGGUAUGGAUACAUUCUGAUGGAAGGAAAUUCCUCCUUUAAAAGUGAAUUAACUACUACAAUAUUUUGUCAAUUAUGUAUUAGCUCUUCCAAAACACUGGUCAUCCAAGUUGACCCUAUUGGCAUCAUACCUCAAGAUUUCUUUUUAUGGAGAUAUGCAUUCAUACUCUGUUUAUUUUUCUGUUUUUCCUUGACAAUAAAAAAACCUUCAAACUUGAA